AUGUCGUUCCUGUUUGGAAGAGCCCGCACACGCACAGUUGCCGAUCUCCCCAAGCAGGCCCGCGAGCAUGUCUUGAAGCUCGAGGGGCCACAGGGCCCUUCCAAGGCCGAAGAGCUUGCCCGAGUCUUGAGCCAGAUGAAGACUAUCCUGCAGGGAACUCCCGACAUCUUGCAAGAGGCCGAUACCUCUCCAGAACAGAUCUUACAGCUUGUGACUGGUCUCAUCGACGAAGAUCUCCUCCAUCUCCUCGCCGUCAACCUCUUCCGUCUUCCAUUCGAGUCGCGUAAAGAUACCCAAGUCAUAUUCUCCUACGUCUUCCGCUUCCGCCCCGCCACCGCCGCCCCCAAAAGCGACCCUCUCGCACUAUCAUACGUUGUCUGCAAUCGACCCCAGGUCCUAGUUGAGCUAUGUCGAGGAUAUGAUCACAAGGAGAGCGCUACGCCGGCAGGUUCAGUUCUACGAGAGCUACUCAAGAACGAGGCCGCCGCCGCAAUCAUUCUAUACGACGACGGAGAUGAGCCAGGUUCGAGUUCCAAGGGUCUAAAUGCCAUUGACCGUGACCGACCCCAAAGUGGGAGAGGCGUGUUCUGGAGAUUCUUCGAUUGGGUUGAUAAGAGCUCCUUCGAGGUGGCAGCAGAUGCUUUCACCACUUUUCGAGAACUCCUGACACGCCACAAGGAUCUUGUACCAAGAUACUUGAACGCAAACUUUGAACUCUUCUUCGACAAGUACAACAACAUCUUGGUGCAAUCCAACAGUUACGUGACCAAGCGUCAGUCCAUAAAGCUUCUCGGUGAGAUCUUGCUUGAUCGCUCCAACUAUAACGUCAUGACUGCCUAUGUUGAUCGCGGGGAGCAUCUCAAGAUAUGCAUGAACCUGCUACGCGAUGAUAGGAAAAUGGUUCAGUACGAGGGCUUCCACGUAUUCAAGGUCUUUGUUGCAAACCCGCACAAAUCAAUUGCCGUCCAAAAGAUUCUCCUCAUGAAUCGCGAUAAGCUUCUCACUUUCCUCUCCCACUUCCUUGAGGAUCGGACAGAUGACGAACAGUUCAUCGAUGAGAGAGAAUUUUUGAUCAAGCAAAUCCGCGGCAUGCCCUCAGUUCCCGUUGCUCCUCAGCGGUAA